AUGGCCCCUUGUCCUUCCAUACCCGUCAGAUCUGACGAUCUCGCCGAACCCAAUCAUGAAUCUGCUUCUCCUGUUUCUGCUUCAACAACCGAUCACCAGCAUGGAAAUACCUAUCCCGGUCCCACUCCUUGUCGUUCCGGAAAUCAUUGCCACGGAUGUGGCUGUGGUUGUUCAGCCUGUUCCUGUCGACGAAUCAAACCUGUCCAAGACGACUCCAACCGAGAGGUCUACAGUGGACAGGGCGGUCAGUUCUACCUACCUGGCCUUUCUCCGAGACAUCCUUCCUCUCUCAGCACCGACGGCUCCGGUCAUAUGAACCAUGCAAGCUUCAACAACAGUUUCGAGGUCCAUGAUCAUCUCAAUGAUCGGUUGACCGAUCAGAGCCUUGCCCGGCUCGAUGCUAUUAAUAGACAAAACAGUCGAGCCCCGUUGGGCGGUUCCGUUGUGGACCCCAAAGACGAAGAUGAAUGUCCAUGGCACUAUUUCGUCAGCCCUCUCGAUAGCGGUCCUGAUCAUAUGUCUCCGCCAGAAGAUUCUUCCGGAAUGAUUGGACCAGGGAAUAUGGACGGCAGUUCGAUGAUUCUAGAGACUGGUGGAGUCAGCCGAGACGACAUCUCUAUGCUUUCAAGCUAUGAAGCAGCUUUCCCUCGACAGAGCCUUCCUGCCAGUCAGCUUCUCAACGAGGCCGGUGCUGCCUUUGCCAAUCACAACCACAAAUGCAGCCAAUUUCUUCGUCUUAAUUGA